AUGGCAACUCCCCGCCGUAACGGUCAAUUAUCAUCAUAUACCCGAAAUGGACUCAAUGUCGGAGUUCCAUACCUCACAGGCCAUGACAACUUCCCCGUUGACCAAAAGCGAAUCAAUCUCGGUGCUCGGGUGUUAGCGCUUCUGGAAAACCUUCCAUUUUAUAGAGAUGUGGUCACCGCUCGAUUCAAGAUAUGGAAGGGAUGGAGCCUUGGUUGGCCAGUUACCGACAUGAUCUUCACAGUCGUUGAGAAGAUGUGGAACUCCCUAGAAACUGAGGGCAUGAACACAAACCAACGAGCUUCCUUAUUGUCCAAGAGACUGUUUGAAAUGCAUAGCCGGCCGCUCGAGGUGCACCCUUCAAUGACCUGGGAGGACUUCCAGUCUGCUGCAGCUGGGAGAUGGGAGUUGAUCGGGCUGCUCUUUACUCUGACAGGCCUAGCCACGGACUGGGUCCCUCACGGUGACCGCAUCUUCAUGCGUCAGGAUACGAUGGAUGCGACAAGUCUCGCUAUAACUGCAACCGCUGUGGCAGACAUAUGUCUUCAAUUCUGCGAUAGCACUGGAAUUGUGAAUGAUAUUGUAGCCUGGCUGCUAUUGCAUCACGUCACGCUUUUGGCGAUAGUGUAUGGUGAAAGUGACUUUCGACCGUGGAGAAAGUUGGGAGAGUUAUCGACCACGUUAUUUGCGCUCGGGCUUCAUCAAGAUUCUAGCGCAAAGGCACCAUUCUUUCUUUCUGAGAUGCGAAAAAGAACUAUGGUCGCGGCGUACUCAAUGGACAAAGUGCUUGCCACUUUCCUAGGUCGCCCGCCACUCAUCAGCUGGCGCUACUGUGAUAUUCAAAUGCCCCUUGACUUGAGCGUUGAAGAGAUAUUCGCCGAUCCAGUCGUUCGUAACGCGGCAAUUGCUCGACUUGAUGAGAAAAGUGGAUGGAAUCUGGAGUCAAGCUUGAUGAAGGGCAUGUGGCCUCGAAUUGCCCUGAUCACUAGUGUUCUCCGGGAGAAGGUCUUGGAACUUUCAUUGAGUUGGCAACUAGAGAAUCUCAGCCAAAGGGUCGAGGAACUUUCACGCGAAUCUCGCCAAUUACGACAGGGACUGCCAGAAUUCCUCCAUUGGAAACCCGAUAUUGAGGGCGUGGUUACUUCUAGAGUAGAAUAUGAUCUCCUUUUUGAGGUUCAUAUAGAGUUUCUCUACAAUGAUUUCCUGCUCUACCGGACCCUCGGGAAACGCACCCAGACGCAGCCCGAGGCAAUUAUUGGUAUCGCCCGACAGAUACUCAAAUCAUUGGUCAUCAUGAUUUCCGAAAAGACUCGCUCUAGACAGCCCAUAAAAGGUAUUGGGCUUAGUCAGGGUCAAAAGGCAAUCCGCCAUGUGUUGGACCAAGUUCUCUCCAUCGAAGGUUCCUCCUCUGUCGUAGAAGACACUGGAACGAGCGACAAAAUGAUUGAUGAUGCCAACUUGCUUGACGGUGUGGAUUUCGACGAUCAUGACUUAUUUCUUGGUUGGCUUGAUGGCAACAUGCAACACAUGUCCGACUCUUGGCUAGCAUCGGUCAAUUUUACCUGA